UUAUAAAAAAGUGACACUGGAUCGUGGACACUUGGAGGGUACGCGGCUCGUCCGAGUGCCCACUAAUGUUUGUAGCACAAGCUGAUCGGGGAGGGCUGCGAUUCAAGUCCGCGUCCGUGCGUUUUAGUCAGCCUGCUUGGGGUUGGAGUGAGAUGCAGCAAGAGGGAGCAGUUUCGAGGAAGUGACGGACGCGGUUCAAGGGACUGGCCAGAGGAAGUUUGCUCCAUGGUGGUAUGGUGCCGUGCGCUCCAACGAAACUUUCCCCCCUUUUAGGCGCCAGCGACGCCGUAGAGCGGGCGAACGGAUAAAUCAAGCGGCGGAGGCAGCUUUAUGUCUCCACACAAUUGAGGAAUACUAACUUGAGAUCGGGAGGAGAAGGAAGGGUGGCGCCGGAGGAAUUUCAUAAUCAAACCCUGUCCUUCUGCUCGGGUUUUUAACGGAUCCGCAAUGGGGAAGGAGCAGGAGCUCCUCGAAGCGGCGCGCACGGGAAACCUGGCAGCGGUGGAGAAGCUUUUAUCCGGUAAACGACCGUCGGCUGGUACCGGUAGCGGCUCGUAUGGAACCGGUGGAAGCGGCAACAGCGGCGGCCACGCCGCCUCCUCGCAUCCGCUCUCCAGUCUGCUCAGCAUCUGGAGAGGUCCUAAUGUGAAUUGUGUGGACAGCACUGGAUACAGCCCGCUACAUCACGCCGCCUUAAAUGGACACAGUGAAGUGGUGGAAUUGCUCCUACGAAACGAGGCCUUGACCAACAUAGCAGACAACAAGGGCUGCUACCCUUUGCACCUGGCAGCAUGGAAGGGUGACGAGCACAUUGUCAGGUUGCUCAUCCACCAAGGACCCUCCCACCCUAAACUCAACGAACAGAGCUCUGUAGACCAUAAAGAGUUCAAACGCUGUGGGCCCUUUGACCCUUAUAUUAAUGCCAAGAACAAUGACAAUGAAACGCCACUGCACUGUGCUGCCCAGUACGGGCACUCACAAGUAGUUCAGUUGCUGCUGGAAGAGCUGACAGACCCUACAAUGAGGAACAACAAAUUUGAGACUCCCCUGGAUCUGGCUGCACUGUAUGGCCGGCUAGAGGUAGUCAAGCUUCUGCUAAGUGCACACCCCAACCUGCUCAGCUGCAAUACUAAGAAGCACACACCGCUGCACCUGGCUUCUCGUAAUGGACAUCUGUCUGUGGUGGAGGUGCUGCUAGAUGCUGGCAUGGACAUUAACUAUGAGACAGAGAAAGGCAGUGCACUCCAUGAAGCAGCCCUGUUUGGAAAGAUAGAUGUGGUACAGAAACUUCUAACAGCAGGUAUCGAUGUAAACAUUUUGGACCAGAAGGGCUUGACGGCGCUGGACACGGUCAAAGACAUGCCUUCUCAGAAGAGCAGAGCAAUAGCUGCGCUCAUCCAAGGGCUUAUGAGUGGAAAACCACCUGACAUCGACCUCCCGCCUCCACCGAUCCCUUCAGCCUUGGAUAGUCCCAGUCCUCGAAAAAAAGGCGAGCUGGAAAAAGUGAGCGAGUUGAUCUCAGGGCUGGCUCCAGCGCCUGAGGAGGAGAGUCCCUAUGAAGCUCUGUUUGAAGCUACCUCGUGCCAUUCUUUGGAUAGCCUUACAAGUGGCAAAUCCUCGGACAGGGAUUCUGGAAGGCCAGAUAGUGACGCAGGAAAGAAAGAUCGCUUGGUCCACUCAUCACAUACUGGCCCUGUUCUUGAGGAAGCGGUGAGCUCAGAAGCUCUGUUUACAAAUAGCAGUAUUGAUGAGCGAGGAGAGACUGCUGAGGAGGAAGAGGAUCAUACCUAUGAGUUAUUGCUGACUGCUCAAACCAAAGUCCCGCCACCAAGCCAAGAGUCCCAGAUUCAUAAAGAUGAAAACACAUGUAUCCAGCCAUCCAACAGUGUACUACCUCAAUGUAAACCCAACGCCCUAAAUCACCCUGGUACACUAAACUCGACAAAAGAAAAACUGCAUCCCUCAGGACGGUUGGGCCUUCGCCAAGGAGAUAACUCACAGCUCAACCAGGAUCAGGGCGCAGGUAUCCCGGAGCAGUUUACUGGCCUUUUGCACGGAUCGUCUCCGGUCUUUGAUUGUCGUGAGGAGCCCCUCAGGAUUCCAGGUGCUCCGCCACCUGGUCAUAGCCAGCCACAAUUGAGAGCCAAAGCGAAAGAGCAAGCAGUUUCAACCCCACCUAGCCGUCCCAGUAUGGCCGCUAUCCUAACAGACUGUGAUCCAAAAGCCAUUUAUGCAACUGUGAACAAGGAACCAAGAGACUUAGGGGCAGUAACUGGUCGGAUGCGUCCUCCUGGGGACCUGAAGCUGGCCCGCAGCCUCUCGAAGUCGGACUCAGAUUUGCUCGUUUCGCCUCCAAGUGAGGAAGACGGAGGACUGGGGAGCCGAAGUGAAUCGGUUUCUAACUGUAGCAGCGGAAAGAAAAGGCUUGAGAAAUCGCCAUCUUUCACUUCGGAAUGGGACGAGCAGACACUGACCUCUACAAGCACAAAACAAGCAGGAGAUAACUCCUGUGACAGUAUUGAGAAGAUCAUGACGCUGAUUGGGGCUGGCAUUGACUUUUCCAGGGAUCAGCAAUACGCUACGCCAGGGGCCUCUGUCCGACUUCUACAACAGCCCGUCGGAGACUGGCUGGAGGUGGUGGGGUUGCCGCAGUACGAAAGCAAGCUGCUCCUCAACGGUUUUGAUGACCUUCACUACAUGGGGAGCAAUGUAAUGGAGGAGCACGACUUGCGAGAGAUUGGGAUCGCAGACCCAAGCCACAGAAAGAAGAUCUUGUAUGCAGCACGUUCGUUACCCAAGGUGAAAGCACUGGGCACUGAUGGCAGCAAUUCCCUCUCCUCCUGGUUGGAAAACCUGGGACUGAAUGAGUACAUCCAUAACUUCCUGUCCAGUGGUUACCGCUCUCUGGACUGUGUCAAAAACCUUUGGGAGCUGGAGAUUGUCAAUGUCCUUAAAAUCACCCUGCUUGGUCACAGGAAGCGGAUUAUUGCAUCAUUAGCAGAGAGGUCCUAUGAAGAGCCUCCAAUCAAGCCACCUCGGUUGUCUCAGAUUAGGUGCCAAGACCUCCCUCCAACCCAGUCAUCAUUGUCACUUGGUCAGUUUGAGUCCUCCACAAGCCAAAGCAUGGAUCAUCUGCUUCCAGUUGUGGAACCAGUGAGAAAGAAAGUCCCAGAUAACAACUACGACUUUACUCAAAGACAUCGAGAGGAACGCCGCAGAUCACGCGAGCGGAAUGAGGAGCGACCCCGAGAAUCACGACUGAUUCUUCGACCGCCUAGUUUAGCGGCCCCAUAUGCCCCGGUCCAGAACUGGCAGCACCAGCCUGAGAAGCUCAUCUUUGAAUCUUGUGCAUAUGAAGCCAGCUAUUUGGGUUCCAUGCUGAUUAAAGAGCUACGGGGCACGGAGUCUACCCAGGAUGCCUGUGCCAAAAUGAGAAGGUCGACAGAACAAAUGAGAAAAGUUCCGACCAUUGUCCUCUCUAUCACAUACAAAGGUGUGAAGUUCAUUGAUGCUGCCAACAAGAAUAUUAUCGCAGAGCAUGAGAUUCGUAACAUUUCAUGCGCAGCUCAGGACCCCGAAGACUUGUGCACAUUUGCCUACAUCACCAAAGACUUGCAGACGAGCCACCACUACUGUCACGUGUUUAGCACUAUUGACGUGAACCUCACCUAUGAGAUCAUACUGACACUGGGUCAAGCGUUUGAGGUGGCAUAUCAGCUGGCUCUGCAAGCCCAGAGGACCAAACAGCACCAGAAGCCAGGUCCCGCUUCAGAUCUCAUUGAGACAAAGUCCAGCCGUCCUGUGCCCAAACCACGGGGCAGUGUUCGGAAGUCAGGGGGUGUCCUUUUGGAACAGGAGGGAGAUUCCCAGUCACAGAGCGGGGCCACGUGGCUCGUGGACCCCAAGGAACCCAAGUGUACAAUCAGCACUAAGUAUGAGACCACCAUAUUUUGAGUGGACUUCCAGUCUUCCAGCUCCUGGCCUCAACCUUUCUCCUUCACUCCCUCACUCCGUGUGCCUAUUGCUACUAUUACAUCCAACCCCCCCAAAAUUUUCCCUUGAACACUUCCAGCCUGCAAUCACCUUCACUUUUCAUCCUGAGUCAUCAAUCUUCUUGGUGAGACCUUUCAUUCUCGUUGCUUUUCCUGCUUCGCUAGGCGACGGCCGCUCUGACGUUUUUUCGCUGCUGACGCCGAGUGCUUUCACCCAACCGAGAAGCUGUACAUGGAUGCUGCUGUCAUUUUUAUAUGUAUCACUGGACUUGAUGCAGGCUUGGGACUUUCUGCUUUAUUGUCAGCAGUUGGUUAAGGUCCAAAAUAAUGAAAUGUCCCAAAAAAACACUGUGAUAUGGUCCAGUAACUUACAAAGUUUGCAUUGAAGCACUUUCACAAACUUCCAAAGUCUUUUAAUGUCAAGUCUUCCCCUGUUAAGGCCUUCUUUGAAAAGUUUUGAACAUCUUAACCCCAUAAAGAUUUGUUGGGCCACAUUAUUAGUAUUUUGGUCUAGAGGCGUGACCUACAAAAAUGGACGCCAGGUCUCUAUUACAAUUAUGUUAUUAUUUUUUUAAAUUAUUAUUAACCCCUGGAUGCCUGAAUUAACAUUCAACACAUAUACAUAAAGCAUUGGAAGAACGCAUGAAAGUUAUUAAUUGAAAAUAUAUGUAUUAAAAAUAUAGAAAAUAAAUUGAAAAACCCUAAAAUUAAAACAACAACAACAAAUCAUCAAAUACACAAAAAAUAAAACUAAAUAUGAAAAAUUAAUACAUGAUUUAAAUAUAUAUGAAUUAGAAAUAAUAUUCAAUAUGAACAAUAGAAAAGCAUGACUUUAUUGAUAAAUUCCUCCUUAUUCAUUUUUUUUCUCGGAAAAUUAUUUUCUUUAUCAUUGUUAUUUGUUUUUGUUUUAAUUUAAUUUUCAGUUAUUUCAUCUUUACCAUGUAUAUACAUAUAUAUAUAUAUACACACACACAUAUAUAUAUGUCUUGAAUUUUCCAAUUAACUGUAAUUUUUAAUUUAAUUUUCUAUACUUUUUACCCUUAAAAUUUUCUUUUGUGACUUUUUAUUAGUUUUUUUAAAAUCCAUUUUUUAGAGCUGCAACUAAUGAUUAUUUUAUAAUCCAUUAGUCAGACCAUAAAUUAAACAAUUAAUUGAUUAAUUAGUUAAUGUUAGUUUUUCAAUUAAUAAUAAUAAGUUUUAGGCAUGUUUUAAAUAACAAUAAAGACAAAAUGGAUUACUAUUUCCUUCAAAAAUAUAUAUAUUUUUUUACAGCUUCCUGACCUAACUGUACUGAAGUCUACAAAUGUACUGUUUUAAGUACAUAAAACUUGUAAAAGUUUUUAAUAAAGGUUCUAAGUAUAAAACAUAAAAAUAAUUUCUCAGUACACAAUUUGGACAAAGUCCUUCUUAUUCAAACUAAAAUAAAAAAACAAAUUCAUUGACAUUUUUUUCUUGUGGGCGAAAAAAAAAGCGCUGAUAUAAAAUGUGUCAUUGACUCAUUUAUGCGUUUAAUGCGUUAAUGCGUUCAUGUGUGUGAUUUCUUUAUAAAAAGAAAUGAGACAACUUUACUAUCUAACAAUAACUCGAGUGCUAAUAUGCUUCUCCAAAACACAAUACAAAUGGACACUUAAAACACUGAUUAGCAUAAUCGCAAACUACCUUAGCGCUCUGUGCUAAGUAGUAACCUCUCCAUGUAAAUGUGAACUGAUGAGACAAUUAAAAAUCCUUGAAUCCUUGAAAAAAUACAAACAUUAAAAUUGGCUUAAUUUACUCACCUCUGACAGAGGCACACUGGAUCUAACGACACAAAAGACAAUCUAACGCUCGACGCUUCAUAAUAUUAUUUAUUCGGCAACCAAACAGCAACUCUCUCUCUCUCUCUUGCUCUAAUCACUGGCACCCGCGCAGCCUCAAAUUAAACACAAACAAGGACCCAAAUGGGACUGCUCAUAGGCAAAAAUGGAUGAUCAAAUUAUUUGGCAACUAAUUUAUUCAUCAAUUUUAAUUUAUUAGUUAUUGCAGCCUUACAUAUUUCAAUGUUUAAUUUUAUAUAUACUUUUUGGUAUUUUUCAAUUUCCUCUAGUCACUUUUACUGCAUUUUAACUGUGUACAUGUGUUAUCCUCCCUGUAGCUGAUCAUAACCCUCACCCUGUUGCAUGAUGGGUAGGAUGUUUUGCGUGGAAAAGCAAGAGCACGGCCGACCAUCACCAGUCUGAAGAGGGCGUCGUUGGUCAGACCGCACCUCUUUCAUCACUUCACUUUCACUAGCUGCCCAUCAAAAAUGUCUCAAGGCUUUCAGAAGGCUUACUGGACUCAUCUAGAUCUUCUGAAAGUGAGGGGAAAUUUGUGGUUGAACUUAAAAAAGAAAAGUAAUGCAUCAUUUAAUUUGUCCUUUAAAAUCUCAUUCUCAACAUGUGUAACUGUGAUCAGCAUUUUCUAAGGAGCGUUUCCUCAAUUUAACCAAACUAAAUUAACGCAAAAUAACACUACAAAGAUGUUUUUCAGGUUUGUAACAGGGUACAGCUUUGGCAUCCAAUCUUUCUUCCAUGUUUUUUUUUAACAUAUGGAUGCCUGAAUUUACAUUUUGCUUAUUGGCUGCCAUUGACCGCACUAGACCUCCAAUCCAUUUUUAAAAAUGGAAUGGACGUCAAGCAUUUUCAAUGGAUGUUUUCAUUAUACAUUUAAUUCUUAUUUUACCAACUACCGAAACAUACUCUGUAAAUACCAUACAUAUACCUGUCAGUAAAUUGGUAAACAAAUAUACAUAAAAAAGCAUUGGUGGAAAUACGUACACAAAAAUAAUAUAUAUAUAUUAUAUACAAAAGUAUUUUUUAUUACUGUAUUUUUCGCACUAUAAGGUGCACCACAUUAUAAGGCGCGCCUUCAAUGAAUGGCUUAUUUUAAAACUAUUUACAUAUACUAGUGUAAGCUGCACCACAUUAUAAGGCGCAUAGAAUGGACAGUAGAGGCUGGGGUUAAGUUGUGCAUCCAUUAAAUGGAGCUGCGCUAAAGAGAAUGUCAACAAAACAGUCAGAUAGGUCAUUCAAACUUUAUUAAUCGAUUAAAAACUAGCAUUCUGACAACUCUGUUUACUCCCAAAAUGAAUAAACAGCUGUUUUAUUAUUUUUCCCGAGGUAAAGUUAGUGACGUAGUGUUUUCGUAAGACGGCUCACUUAACAACAGCAAGGUAUAACAUAGUGUAGUGUACCAUAGUGUACUACGUGCGUCACGUCAUAACUCGAAAUUACGCAAGGCAAAUUUAUUUAUAUAGCACAAUUCAACAAAAGGCAAUUCGAAGUGCUUUAGAUCACAUGAAGAUCAUAAAAAUCACAUUAAAUCAAUUGAACGUAAAAACAAAGAAAAUCAAAACAGGAAAUAAAAUUAUCCUUAAAAAUCGCAUUUAAUCACGAAUAGAAUAAAAGAAUAAACAAAAAAAUACUACUACUACUACUACUACUACCAAUAAUAAUUGAAAUCAGCAAUAGAGAUAAAGCACAAGAGGAAUAGAUAGCAAAUAGCUUGAAAUACAUAUAGACAGUUAUGGAUAUGCUGUGCUAGAUUAAAGCGUUUUUAGCCCUGAUUUAAAGGAGCUAACAGUUUGAGCAUACUUCAGACCUUCAUGUAACUUGUUCCAGAGGUGAGGAGCAUAAUAACUAAAUACUGCCUCACCGUGCUUGGUUCUUGUUCUUGGAACAUACAGGAGACCGGUUCCAGAUGACCUUAGUGGUCUAGAUGUUUCUAACAAAUCAAACAUGUAUUUUAGUCUAAGGCCAUUAAGUGUUUUGUAGACGAGCAGUAGUAUUUUAUAGUCUAUCCUUUUACUCACUGGAAGCCAGUGUAACGAUUUCAAAACCGGUGUAAUGUGGUCCAGUUUCCUUGUACUUGUGAGGACUGCAGCAUUCUGUACUAGCUGUAGCUUCCUGAUUUUUUUUUUUUAUCAAGACCUGUAAAUAUACCGUUGCAAUAGUCCAAUCUACUGAAAAUAAAUUCAUGCAUAUGUUUUUCUAUGUCUUGUUGAGUCAGAAGCCCCCUAAUUCUACUACUAUUUUAAUUACUAUCUCAAGCCCCCCAUUUUCUGUAAAAUGGACCCAAAGGUGUGCCAUUCCUUUGCGCUACGUUUGCGCUAGUUGUUGGGACACCCCUGUUAUUGAGAGAGUUCGUACGUUUCGUCAGCCACGACGGAGGUGCUGCGAUUGACAUCAUCACUCGAAAUUAAUAUCUCAAUAUCUAUAAAAUGAUAGCAGCACAAACGAACGUUUUUACAGCACAAACAUAGCAUAAACGAAUAGCACCAUUAAGUCGGCAGCUGCUUACCAUAGUUGCGAGACCUCGAUUCAUAUAUAAAGCGCACCAGAUUAUAAUUCACACUGUCAGCUUUUGAGAAAAUUUAAGGCUUUUAGGUGUAUCUUGUAGUGCGGAAAAUAUGGUAUUAUUAUUCUGUUUUUGAAUUCAAAAAUAAAAAGGGAAUUUAAUCAUGAAUUCCUUGUGUAUAUACUGUAUACAGUAUAUAUAUAUAUAUAAGGCGGAAAACACUCAGGUGACAUGAAGUUCCGCUUUGAGACACCCCAAUUUGGCCACAUUUCCAAAUUGUCAUAUAUGCAUGUGUGAUACAUUAUUGAAAAGUCCAAAAUAUCAGUUUUCUGGGGUAAGAAAAAUAUUACAUAUAAUAUAACAGGAGAGCAUUUAAAAAAAAAAAAAAAUUUUUUUAAUCCCUAAACCCUAAUUUGAGGUGAGAGCAUGAGAGAGCAUAAUUAAAGACAUCAUGAUUUUAACGAGAAAUUAUCACCUACUUACCUUCUUUCGAUCCAAAAACUCUGUGUUGCAUUUUCUCACCGAGUGUCAAGACACAGCUGUGAAUGGACAUAGCCGGACUUUAUGGGGAUUUUAUGGGUGAAACACGGUAUUAUAACAAGGGUCGCAAUGCAGAAAUCGCAGACAUGAAGGAGAGGUCGAGGUUCUCUUUUUCAAAUAUUUACCCUUUUAAACGUUUUUCAAUUUUUCUUUCUUUGGUUCAAUUAUUUAUCAUCUAAAAUAUCGGAGAAAAUGCAACGGUAAAAAAAAACAACACAAAAAAACAAUUAAGUGAUUGUUAUGAAGUAGAUAUCCAUGACCUAUUUACUACACUAUUCUUUUCGUUGUAACGUAGUUUAAGAGUGUAAAAUAUGCGAGUAAAUAAUUUUAUAGAGUUUUUUUUUUUUUUUUUUUUUUUUUUUUUUAACUAAAUUAGACAUCAAUUAAUGAUUGUAAGCUUAAAAUGAUAGACAUUUCAAAUAAUUAAUAUAACUACUUUUUAUGGCUGGGUUGAAACAAAAGCAUUUGCGCAGUGUCUGUAAACUGGGGUUUCCAGGGUAAAACGGACAAAUUAAAAAUAGUUCUGGGGCUUGAUGCGCCAUGAAACUGCUAUGACAGCAUUCUAUCAAACACAACAACUCUUUUGGCUUAAAAUACAGCAGUUUAUUUUAAAGUGUGGUGUAAGAGCAGAAACUGCUUUUUCAGCCUUGUCUGUGUUUUCUGCCAUAUAUAUAUAUAUAUAUAUAUAUAUAUAUAUAUAUAUAUAUAUAUAUAUAUAUAUAUAUGCAUAUAUCUCAUAAUUAAAAAAAAAUAUUUAUUUUUUAUUUUAAUAUUUUUAAUUUUUAGCAAUGUAUUUCUGUAUAAUUUUCUAUAUUUAUUAUUUUUUAAUCAAUGCUAUUUUUAAGGAUUUAUGUUUUUCUCCGAUGCUUUAUAUUUGUUAAAUGUAAAUUCAGGCAUCAAGUGGUUAAUUUUCUAGGGCAUUUUAUUCAAAUUCAGAAACUUGAUUGGUUUCCCUGCUUCUUUGUUGAAUUAAUCAAGCAAGAUUAUUCACUAAACCUGGCAUGUAGAACGGUACUUUGCUGAUAUAUAUAUUUUUAAUUUUUUGUUCCUGCAGAGAAAAAACAAAAUAGGCAGCAGCAAUUUCCUACCUGUUUGUUGACAGUUUAUGGUACUUGCUUGCCGGGUCGAUAUGUACAGUAUACUUCUACAUGAGUAUGUUGAUUUACAUCCAAGACUUUAACCACGAGUGACUCUAAUGUUGGAAAUUCUGUAAAUUAGUUUGGGUGUUCACUAAGAAAGGCAUAAUAAUCCUAUUUUUUAUUGUAGUUGUACUGGUACUCAUUUAUGUUGAGCACUGUACAUCUUUUUUUGGUUUGUUUUUGCUUAUGCUGUAUUUGGUACGUUUUUAGGCCAGUUGGGUGAAAUUUAUGGUACACUGUCUUUAAAAACACGCCGGUGACGGCACAAUCGGCCCUCAGCAUGGUCCCAUUUUGCCUUUGCACAUCACUGAGGAUCAGAAAUAAUAUUUUUGGAUGAGUACAACGCGAAUAAUAUUGUACAUGUAACUAGUCUUUAUUUUGAUACUUGAAUAAGUUUGGCUUUUAUAGAUCUCUACAGUAUAUAUGUAUAUGUAUGUAAGUAUGUAUGUAGUUUUUGACUGGUGUCAAAAAAGAUUCAAAGGACUAUGUCUUAUAAAGUAACACAUAUCUUAGUGAAUGCCCUUGAUUACACCUUUAGAGGCUGAGCGAAUAAGAGGGACCUCACUUCAGGAACAAAAAGAUUGUACAUGAUCUUGGGCUUCCCGUUUUUGUAUGAUUAUUUUCAUAAUUGUGCAAUUAAUAAAUUGUGCAGUCUGAGA